AUGGCAGCAAGCGACCUCCAGCUCCCCGUCAUCGAUUUGAGCGGGUACAUCACGCCCAGGUCUCCCGAGGACCGAGCUAAAGUAAUCGCCCAGGUGCGCGAUGCCUGCCGCGAGUUUGGCUUUUUCCAGCUCAAGGGCCACGGCGUGACUCUGGAGCAGCAGCAGGGCCUUUUUCGGGGCAUGAAUAACUUCUUUAGCCUGCCUGCCGAGAAGAAGCUCAAGAAUUCAUUCUUGGAAAACCCCUGCCGCCGGGGCUACGAGGCUUCUGGUAUGUCCCUGAGGGAUACUGACGCUAUGGCCGAUUCGAAAGAGUCCUUUUAUAUGGGCCGGGAGGACUCGGCUAUCGAGCAUAUGGGCUUUUAUGGCCCUAAUAACUGGCCAGAUCUCCCAGACGACCAGUUUAGGAGCCCAGUCUGGGACUAUUACGAGGCUACGAGCCAGCUAGGGCGGACUAUCUGGGAGAUCCUGCUGCAGGGCCUUGGUCACUCUACAAAAGCUAUGGAGUCUUUUGCCAAGAAGCCUGUAGUAGCUCUCAAGCUGCUCCGCUAUCCUCGGCCGUCCCAGACACUGCCAGGCCAGUUUGGCGCAGGGUCGCACACUGACUUUGGCGGCGUUACUGUGCUGCUCCAGCAGCCAGGCAAGGAAGGGCUUGAGGUCUGGCUCGAGGAAAAGCAGGCCUGGCUGUCAGUGCCAGCGCAUGAGGAUAUCUUUGUGAUCAACUGCGGCGAUAUGAUUCACAGGUGGUCAGGAGGCCAAUAUAAGAGCGUCCGGCACAGGGUUAUCAACAAGUCGGACGGGGAAAGGCUGUCGGCCGCCUUGUUCUGGCACGGCGACGUCAUGGCUACAAAUCCUCUGAAUCCAGACGACCCAGACAAAGUCACGGUAGGACAGCUCUGGAUGAAACGCUUCAAGAACCAGAUGUCCAUCCCUAAGGCCGCCAUGGAAGCAUUCGCAUCAGCUUGA